AUGGCACAUAUCCAGCAGGAUGAAGUCGCCGUUCCAAAGGCUGCUGAAGACUCAAACUAUGACGCCGACACACAAAUCCUCGACUGGACCGGCCCUUCGGACCCCGAGAACCCAUACAACUGGCCGACGUCCAAGAAAACCGUCAUCACAGCCGUCGCCCUCUUCGCCACCUUCACCACCAUGCUCAACGGCACCAUCAUGACCGUCGCCCACGAAGCCAUCAACGAGCAAUUCUCCAUCUCCGACGCCACCUUCCCGCACUCCUACUGGCCCGUCACAUCCUGGGCCGUCGGCGGCGCCCUAUGCUCAUUCGUCGUCCUCCCACUAAUGGAAGACUUCGGCCUGCGCCGCGUGUUCCUCGCGACCUACUUCAUCCUCAUCCUCUCCCUCAUCCCGCAAGCCGUCGCUCGCAACUUCGCCACGCUCGUCAUCACCCGCUUCUUCAGCGGCGGCUGCGUCGCCAUCCUCGCCAACAGCACCUCCUCCGUCAUCGGCAACAUCUGGGCCGGCGACCACGCGCGCACCAUCCCCAUGACCCUCUGGAUCGUGUUGUACCUCGCCGGCAGCAGCACGGGCCCCGUCAUCGGCGCCGCCAUCUUCGCGCGGCUGCCGAGCUGGCGCUGGAUCUUCUACUGCCAGCUCAUCUGGUACGCCGUCUUCUUCCCGCUCUACCUGCUGCUCCUGCCCGAGAACCGCGGCGACGUGCUGCUCGCGCAGCGCGCGGCGCGGCUGCGGCGGACCACGGGGCAGAAGGUGUACAGCCGCCUGGAACUGAACCACACGCCGCUGCCGGAGCUCGUCGCGACGAGCCUGAAGCGGCCGCUGGUCAUGCUGUGCACGGAGCCGGUCGUCAUGGCCGUGACGUUCGCGGCGGCGCUGAUCAUCGGCAACGUCUACCUCUUCACGCAGUCCGUCGAGCAGGUCUUUGCCGGGUUGUACGGCUGGGACGCCGUCCAGGCCGGCUACGUGCAGGCGGCGAUCGUGGUGGGCGAGCUGCUGGGCCUGCCUGGCGCGCUGUUGUCGGCGCGGCUGUACUUCGCGUCGGCGAGGCGGAAUACUGAGGUCCCCGGGUCCCCGAUUCCGGAGGCGCGGUUGUAUGUCAGUGUGCCGGCCGGGUUUCUGUUCAUGACGGGGGGCAUGUUCGUGUAUGGUUGGACGGCGUAUGCCCAAUUGCCGUGGAUCGCGGCGGCGAUUGGGCUGGCGAUGAUUGGGGCGGGUAAUACGGUGGUGAUCAUCGCGUUUGCGGAUUAUGCGGUUGAUGCGUAUGCGAGGUUUGCGGGCAGUGCGAUGGCGGCGGUGGCGUUGGGGGAGAACUUUUGUGCGGGGUUCUUGCCGUUGGCGGCGCAGAGUUUGUAUACGGAUUUGGGGUAUCACUGGGCGAGUACUCUGUUGGGGUUCUUGUCCUUGCUGUUGUCGUGCAUGCCGAUUGUGCUCAUCAUUUGGGGGAGGAGUAUCAGAGCGCGGAGUCCGUUUAUGAAGGAGGCGACGAUUGAGGAGAAGCUGGAAGCUGAGGGUGAGAGUGAUGGGACACCAUGA